CCAAUGGCGCGCUCUGUCAGAGUGAAGAGAGAGAUAGGAUAGAAAAAUGGCGGUUCUAACAUUGCCACACUGUUUUCCACUACAAUCGGUCAACGGUCGACGUAAUAGUCAUCGGAAACGGUGUAAUAGCGGUGGUCUUCGGUGGUGCACGGUUGCCUCACAGCAGCAAGAGCUGUGCUCGGAAGUCGAGAGAAUAAGGAUCGAUAAAUCUGCUUUGAAGAUAGAGGAAGCAUGUUCAGAUGACGAGCUUUGGGCCACGUCGCUUCUUCGAGUGAGAUCUUUCUACGAUUUCAAGUCAUCUUUUGGCAUCGAAGAUCAUAAAAAGUACUUAGCAGAACGUGAGUUUGAAGCUUUAAAAGAACGUCUUUCCGGCACUAAAGAAGGCGAAAAGGUCUCUUGCAUCAAUGCCACACUGCCCUUGUCACAAACAAGCAGUUUCCCAGAAGAACUAUGCUCUUCAUGUAAGUUUUCAGACAAUGGAGAGGGUCGAAUAGUUGUUGGUAGUCUGGAUGUUAAUCAGUGUAUGAGCCUUCCUAAUGAGAUAACAGGAAUGAAGCCAAAAGGAAUUGGUGGCGAUUUUGCUAGAGCGUAUCUAAGUAACGUAUGUGUCGCCAAAGAAUGCCAGAGGAAUGGGAUUGCUUUCAUCCUCAUUGAGAAAUCAAAAUUAGUCGCUAAAGAUUUGGGGAUUAGUGAUUUGUAUGUGCAUGUUGCUGUUGACAAUGAGGCGGCCAAGAAUCUAUACAUGAAAUGUGGUUUUGUUUAUGAGAGUGAAGAACCUGCGUGGCAAGCAAGAUUUCUUGAUCGCCCACGAAGGCUUCUUCUAUGGAGUGGUCUCCCCCACACUUAUGAUUGGUAAUAAUAUUAGUAUUGUUAAUAAUGAUUAUUAUAAUAAUAGUAAUAAUAAAAGUAAUAAUAGCAAUUUCAAACCAAACACCAGUGUUGGAACCAUAAUAUUUAAGCAAAAAAAAGUUUUUAUUUAUCUUAUCCGGUAAUUAUCUACUAUAAUCGGUUGUAUAAAGAUGGUCUUUUUGUAUAUGUUUGAUUUCUAUGA